GUCUGUCAAAUAAAUAAAAUCUUUGAAAAAAAAGUCAUCGUAAAUAAAAUACAUUAAUCUAUAUUUAAAAAAUAAAAAGCAGCUGGCAGAAAAGUGAGGGGUUGAAGAUGAGAAGCUCCUAAGUCAAAGGGCUUGAUACCCUUUACAGGUGGGGGGAAACAUGGUUCCUUUCUAGAAGGUCAAUAAGCCUGAUUGGGCAGGUUCAACGUGCUUCUCUAAGUAUUGAUGAUGUUCUCUUGGUGUUGAAGACCUGUGUGCUCUUCCUCCCCUCAAUCUGAACAUCACUUGUGGCCAGAAUUCAAGUUCUUUCCAGGGAAACUUUAAAUCCUUACGUAAAUCAGGGGAUGUAGCUUGGGACUAGCUCAUGUGACCCUAGCAUUCUGUGACAAGCACCUCCAUAGAUGCCAUAAAGGGAGGAGAGGAGCUCGCACCUGAUCUCAAAGUCACAGGGAGCCUGCGUUGUCAGGUUGUCAGGUCCCUUAGGAGCUGGUGCCCUGUAAUCUCUUGUUUUUGUAAAGGCUAGGGCGGGGCGGAAAGCGUUACAAAGGAGCCGGGAUGGAUGCUGUUGUUUUGCUCUUUUAGAUCUUAUCUCUUCAGUCCCUUUUGUCAUUAGAGCAUGUUUUUCAUGAAAGUAUUUGAGCAUGGAGGCCGCAUUACAAGCUGUGGAUUGUACUGGAAGAGCCGAGGAACCAGGUGAUUGCCAGGGGCAGCCAGAGGGGAUCGCGCCGCAGCCCACCAAUGACUAGCAGGAAACAGCACUCCUGCCAGAACGCAUUAUUUCAACUUUGGCUUUCAGGGCACUAAUUCCCUGAAUGGCAAUAACAAAGGGGUGGGAGGGAGAAACACGUGGGAACGGAAAGAAAAGAUAUUUGAGAAGCUAAAUCUGAGGGGGAAAGGAUUUCCCGGAGUUUUGGGGGCGAGCAGAUGCAGGGGGGAGACAGAGGAGGGGAAAAGGCUGGGCUUUGGGAACCUGCUGCUGGGCUUUAGACAAAGGCGGUUUGAGAAGCAGAGAACGAGGCGGGACCAGUUGCUAAUAUCAGCACGGGGACGGAGCCAGCCAGCUGGACUCCCAGCAUGAAACGGACUCAAUUCCCAGCGUCUCCUUUGGGCUGGGAAUGACUGGAGUAUGUACCAAACUAAGAACUCAGAGGAAAAAGUAAGUUUGGGGAAGGACUUCCAGAUUCUGCCCAUCUUUGCAAUCUUGCUCCCCUGUGAGGCAUGCCUCCGAUGCGUUACCUCUUUAUAGUUUCUGUUUCUUGCGUGAUCAUUUUUAUUGUGUUCUACGUGUUCAGUUUUGGGGGAGAGCAAAGCUUCCAGAGGCCGAAUAAUUCAGACACUUUGAUCCUGACUCAGGUUUGCACAUCCUUCAUCAAAGGCAAAACGCCCUUCCUGUGGAGAAACAAACUGAUAAUGUACGAGAUGUCUUCUUGCAAGGACUACCUGAUCCAAAGCCACUACAUCACGGCCCCUUUAUCCAAGGAAGAAGCUGAAUUUCCUUUGGCAUAUAUGAUGGUCAUCCAUCACCAUUUCAAUACCUUUGCAAGGCUCUUCAGAGCUAUUUACAUGCCCCAGAAUGUCUACUGCGUUCACGUGGAUGAAAAGGCGACCCCUGAAUUCAAAGAGUCGGUAGAGCAAUUACUGAGCUGCUUCCCAAAUGCUUUCCUGGCCUCCAAGAUGGAGCCGGUUGUCUAUGGGGGGAUCUCCAGGCUCCAGGCUGACCUGAACUGCCUCAAAGACCUCGCGGUGUCCAAGGUGCCCUGGAAGUACGCCAUCAACACGUGUGGGCAAGACUUCCCCCUGAAGACCAACAAGGAGAUCGUUCGGUAUCUGAAAGGCUUUAAAGGGAAAAACAUCACCCCGGGGGUGCUGCCCCCAGCUCACGCCAUUGGACGGACGAAGUUCGUCCACCGGGAGCACCUGGGCAAAGAACUUUCCUAUGUGAUCAGAACCACGGUGCUCAAGCCCCCUCCUCCCCAUAACCUCACCAUUUACUUUGGCUCUGCCUAUGUCGCUCUGUCAAGAGAGUUCACCAACUUUGUCCUCCGUGACCCGCGGGCUGUUGACUUGCUCCACUGGUCCAAAGACACUUUCAGCCCCGAUGAGCAUUUCUGGGUGACGCUGAAUCGGAUCCCAGAUUUUAUUUAUCUGAUAGAGAUCACAGGUAGGCAGAGGCAGGCAGAGAGACAGGGGGAAGCAGGCUCCCCACCGAGCAGAGAGCCCGAUGAGGGGCUUGAUGCCAGGACCCCGAGACCAGACCACGACCCGAGCCGAAGGCAAAGGCCCAACCUGCUGAGCGACCCAGACGCCCCCGAAUUGUCUUCUGAUCCUGCUUCAGGAGCGGUCCAUCUCCAAUGGAAAGGCAAAGCUGUUACUUUUUUUCCCCCAGCUACUUUUUUUUACACCCCUCCCCCACUGUGUAAGUUUGUUCUUUUGAAUUUUUGCUCUUGCAUUACUCUGACCUUUCUCAUGCCAUGAGGUUUUUCUUCCAUAAGAAUGUUUUCACUUGCCUCUCUUCCUUUUUUCCAUUUUGUAUACAUUUUUUUUCUCAGAGCCCCUUCUUCAAAU